AUGGGCCUAAGCUCAACCCCAAUAACCCAACCACGCAAAUUCCCCACAUCAGGCUUCGACACCAUCAAUUCAACUAUACUAUUCGAAGAAGAAUCCCUCCCCGGGUAUCUCAAAGCACACUACUACCCCGUCUGCCUCGGCGAAGUCCUCAACACCCGAUACCAAAUCCUCACCAAACUCGGUUUCGGCUCCACAUCAACAGUAUGGUUAUGUCGAGACCUACACCAAAACCGCUACCUUACCCUAAAAGUCCACGUCCGAAGCACCCAACCACCCCCUGACGUCCAAAUCUCGCAACACCUCAAAUCUCUCCAAAGCACUCACACAGGACAAAGAUACACUCGCAUCGCCCUGGACUCAUUCCAAAUCCGCGGCCCCCACGGACCUCAUCACUGUACGCUCUACCAACCCGCUGGCAUCGACAUCCGUGAUUACAUCCACUGUCUCGAAGGGGACGCAUUACCUGAGAAUCUCCUCCGAGUUACUGUUCGGUUCAUGCUCGUUGCGUUGGAUUAUCUUCAUGAAGCGAAGGUGGUUCAUACUGACAUCAACCCCCACAACAUCCUCCUCGGCAUAGACGACACCUCAAUCCUAACCGAAAUGGAAGAAGACGAGCUCUCCAACCCCGCGCCACAAAAACUCCUCUCUGAUCGAACGAUCUUUGCCACGAGGGCCAUGCCCCUCUCGACUGGCGAACCGGUCCUUGCUGAUUUAGGUGAAGCGCGAAUAGCACAGACAACUCAGACGGGCCUCAUCAUGCCGAGUGUGUAUCGCGCCCCGGAGGUGAUGUUGGGGAUGCAGUGGGAUGAGAAGGUGGAUGUGUGGGGGCUUGGGCAGACGGCCUGGACAUUAUUCGAACAAGGACAUCUGUUCACGACGCCCGACUUGGAAUCCGAAAUGGAUCAUGCGCGACGGUUUGCGGAGAUGAUGGCACUUUUGGGACCCCCGCCGGUGGAGUUUUUGAGACGGAGUGAGCGGAGUUGGAGGUUUUGGGAUGAGAAUGGGAAGUGGAACGGGCGCGUAGACAUCCCUGAACAGUCGUUGGAAACGCGGGAGACUCGGCUCCAGGGCGAUGGUAAGGUUCUUUUUCUACGAUUCUUACGAAAAGCGUUGUCGUGGGUGCCGGAGGAUAGACCGACUGCGAAGGAGCUUUUGAUGGAUGAGUGGGUGAGAGGGGAUGAUUAUUAG